CAGGGUACGAGGGGAGACAGAGUGUGUAAAGGAAAGCCUCGCAGGGGUGAGGAGGAAGCUGUCCAAAGCCAGCUGGCCUGGCUUUGAGAAAAGCAAGAGGAAAAGUAGGAGAGCAAAGUAGGAAAAAGAAGGGUACAAAAAGAGAAGAAAAAGAAAGUAUUAAGGGUAUAGAAGGUUUUUGAGUGUUAGAAAGAAGUGUGGCCUAGCCGAAGUGAAGACAGACACACGUGGAGAAGGCCUUUACAGCAGGUUCUGUGAAGGCAGCUGCAGCAGCACAGUAAAUACAGGGAAAAAAAUCUCUUUCCCGAGGAGGAGGAACCAGCAGGAAGCGAAGUGCUGCACAGGAAGGAAGAGUGCAAGAUUCGAGCUGGACUUUGGGGCCUGAAAGAAGUUUGUUUGUGCCUUGAUCAUUGCAUAGCGGUGCAAGCACUUCAAGAGAAAGCGAAGGAGAGACGGAAAGAGAGGAAGAUCGAGAGAGGAAGAGAGACGGUGUACAAUGUGCUAGUGGAACGGAGGAAGACAAGUGCGGGUGUUUUUCUGAUAUUCUCUGGUCGCCAGAGAGACUGACUAGGACGCAAAGAUGGGACGGAAGAAGAUCCAGAUCACGCGGAUUAUGGAUGAGAGGAACCGUCAGGUCACCUUCACCAAGAGGAAGUUUGGCUUGAUGAAGAAGGCCUAUGAGCUCAGUGUCCUGUGUGACUGCGAAAUUGCCCUGAUCAUCUUCAACAGCUCCAACAAGCUUUUCCAGUAUGCGAGCACUGACAUGGACAAAGUCCUGCUUAAGUAUACAGAGUACAACGAGCCUCAUGAGAGCAGGACAAACUCUGACAUUGUGGAGAAAUUAAGAACCAAAGGCCAUAGUGACUGUGCCAGUCCUGAUCCCGAUGAUUGUUUUCGCCAUAGUCCCCUCAUGGACGACCGUUUGGGCAAACUAAAUGAAGCCUUAAACAAGAAAGAACACAGAGGCUGCGAUAGCCCGGACCCUGAUGCCUCAUAUGUCCUCACACCCCACACAGAAGAAAAAUAUAAAAAAAUUAAUGAGGAGUUUGAUAAUAUGAUGCGAAAUCAUAAAAUCCCCACAGCUUUGCCGCAGCAGAAUUUCUCCAUGCAUGUGGCCGUGCCUGUGACAAACCCCAACUCCAUGAGCUACAACCCCGGGGGCAUUCUGAGUAGCCAGGGUCUGCCAGCUGCUGCUACAGCCACACUAAGCGAAGCCACCAUGCUGUCCCCUCCCCAGACCUCUCUUCAAAGAAACGUGGUGCCUGCUGGUGCCCCCCACAGGCCGCCCAGCACGGGCAGCGCAGGAAACGGCUUCGUCAACCCCAGGGGCUCGCCGGGACUUCUGGGUACCAGCAGUGGGAAUGGACUGGGAAAAGUUACGCCUACGAAAUCACCGCCUCCUCCAGGGGGAAACAUGGUUAUGGGGAACAGGAAGCCAGACCUGAGAGUGGUCAUACCGCCGUCCAGUAAGGGGAUGAUGCCGCCACUGUCAGAGGAAGAGGAGAUGGAGUUGAACACUCAGAGAAUAAGCAGCUCCCAGUCAACCCAGCCUCUUGCCACACCCGUGGUGUCAGUCACCACUCCGAGUCUACCACCACAAGGUCUGGUCUACUCUGGCAUGCCAACUGCCUACAACACCGAAUAUUCCCUUAGCAGCGCUGAGCUUUCCUCUCUGCAAGGCUUCGGUUCUCCAGGGCUCUCGCUGGGCUCCAUGUCGGCAUGGCAACAGCACCAACUGGGCCAAGCAGCUAUCAGCUCACUGGUGGGUGGUGGUCAUUUACCUCAGGGCUCCAACCAGUCCAUUAAUGUCAGCCACAACCUCACCAUCAAGUCAGAGCCCAUUUCACCUCCACGUGAGCGCAUCACUCCUUCCGGAUUCCCACAUCAGCAGCCUCCCUCAUCCAGCCGUCCUGACAUGGGCCGCUCACCGGUGGACAGCCUGAGCUCCUCAUGCUCCUCAUAUGAUGGCAGCGAUCGAGAGGACCCGCGUGCUGAUUUUCACUCACCACCCAUUGGGCUAAGCCGAGCUCUCGCACCUGGAGCUGACGAUCGCCACAGCCCUUCUGUCAAACGCAUGCGUAUGGACUCCUGGGUAACAUAAAAUGACCAGGGAUGGCACGACAGGCCACAGAGGGGAGAAAGAGUGGCAGGCCAGAGGAAGGGAGGGUCAUAAUUGAUAUUAUUAUUAUUAUUAUUACAUUAUUAUUAUUAUUAUUAUUAUUGUUAUUAUUAUUUAAUUUUUGUUUGGGAAGGCUGUAGAUGUGGAAAACAAAAUCAAGAAUUCCCAACAUAUUGAAAUUAAAGUUGGGUUUUAAACUGUUGUGCGUUUAUUUGAAUUUGACUUGUUUUGGAAGGAGGCGGACACAUAGAAAGAAAUUUCAGCUGUCCUGACAUAUCAGAAUUAAUGGUGCAACUGAGUGGUGAGAGAGAAAUCAGUUCUUCAGUCUGGUUAGGUUACUUAGAACAGUUGUUAUCAGGUACUUUAAGCAGUUCAGAUUUAGUGAAAAUCUAACAUUUAAAGGAAAAAAGGCAGAUUUUUGGGGAUGUUUCAGGAAAGCAUGGUCUGGUCUGGUCUGGUCUGGCACUUGUAGUAGCUAUUUCUGCUGUUGAAUUUGCAGGGUUGCACACAACCAGAGCAAGUUUAGGCCAUUUGCAGCCUCUCACCAGCUGGCCUCUUUAAUAAUUUAACUUUAUACACAAUUACAAGCAUGUUAACUUAUUCAGGAUUGACCACGUUAAAAAAAAAAGAAAAAAGUUUUCGGUUUACAAAGGGAGUUUCAUGACUAAAAUGAGAUCACACUUAUACAGUUGAGCAUAGGAAGAUGAUUCACUUAUGUUUAUGCUAUUUUAUUAUUUUUGAAAACACAUUUUUUUUUAGAAUGAAAAAUAAGUUAAACAGUAACCCAGUUGAACUGGAGACAAGAGUCCUACAUUGAAAUGCAGCUUAAUGGAUAAAAAUAAAAAAAAGCUAAAGUAUGUUUGUUAGUUAAAGUUUUGGUUUGAAAAUUCUCAUUUCUCUUUCACUAUUCAUUUCCGCUUAGUUCUGUUGUAAUGUAUUUUGUUACAAACUAUAAAAAAAAAGAAACCAGAUCUUUAAACAGAUAUAAAGCCAUGAACACUUGGUGUUCUGUUUGUAAACUAAAGAUUUGAGCCAAACCUUUCCUUUUGUUAUGUAUAUAGCAACUUUAAUAUAUAUCAUCGUCAGUGUAAGUACGUAUGUAUUGUACUUUCACUGGAUUGAAGAAAAAAAUAUAUUUUUGUGGAUUACUGCCAGGUUUACAAGGCCUUAAUAAGUAUUCACUGGUUAAUAUUUACUAUUUUGUUAACUAUACUGUACUUUCUUUGAAUCUGACUUAUUAUUGCUAUAAAUAAUCAAAGUGUUUUUAUUUGAAAGAAGGAUGUUUUAUGGGUCGCUUUCCCAUUAAUAAUGGUAAAUGUCUGUCCGUGAGAAAUUGUAACAGUGCUGUAAGUUUGAAACUCCACUGUCUUUUUUUUUUUUCAUUUUGUAAAAUGAUUACUGUAACAUUAAGGAAAGCUUUUUUCUUUCUUUACUGUAUACAUUGUGGGAGGGGUUGGCCAAGGCUGCUGAACAAACUGCCUACUUUCACAUCCAAGGAUUCAUUUCAAGCCUCAAGGCAAAAGCCUUUUACAUGCCAAUUAGUAACACAUCUUCUCUCAUUGGAAAUAUUUUUUUCAACUGACUUGCAUCACAAUUUAAACAAAUACCACCUUCUGUUAAUUAGAUUUGAUUAAAAAUUCAGUUCCUUUCGAUGGAACACUUCAUCACAGUCCCUUAGUGCCCCCAUUAUUAUCUACAUACUGUAAAUACUGUAACCUUAUACAUACAUACUAUGUACAGAACACAUUUCUGAUAUUUGUUUGGUGAAUUGGCUCGCUAGAAUAUCGAUCCUCUCCAGACUGAGGGAGGCCACUCUGGAAGCGCCAGAUGCUCUGUUGUGUGUAUGCGUGCGCGCAACUCUGUUUUCACAUCUAUCUCUCCACACUGAGGCUCUUUCGUCCAUGCUUCUUUCGCCUGCCUCGCACCUCACUGCCCCUUUCAGGUGGAAGAAGCAUCAGGGGAUUCAGCAGCAAAAAGACAGUUUAAAUGCUAGACAAUGCAAAACCAAUCUAUCUGCUGGAUUGCACAUGUUUGUACAGUCAGGUUUGGCAAAAAAAAAAAAAAACUUACUCUCUUUAAAUUUGCUAUCUAUUUCCUUCACUUAGUGUGCUCUCAUCCCCUUUUUAGAUACCUCUCUGCCCUAACCGGCACCAUAGCAGCUGGCAAUAAGCUGAUGUUAAUCUAUGCAGUUUCUGGACACACAGCCCAGCAAACCAUGCCAUCAAGAAGGCUCAUUCGCACAACAUUGACAAUGUUAGGAUUUAAAAGUUUAAUUGCUUAUUAUCAUCUGGCCAUUAAAGACAUUUUCUGACUGUUAACCUUUAACCCUUAAGUGCUUGUUUAUUAACAAGGUACACUAUUUUAUUGGCUAGUUUUUAAGUACCGCAGAAGGCCAUUUCAUGCUGAGGAACCCUAAUGCAGACCCUAGCGUCGAUACCUUUUCCUGCCUUAGUGGGAGAACGAGUUAAGCUGAAAAGCAAAGUUUCAAAAAGUCCAUCAGAAAUCCAUUUUGAUGAUGUCUAUCUCUAAUGUGUUACCACAAUUAAUGCCUUUCAGGGUAGAUAAGCAAUAAUGCAAUAAUGCCAUAGCAGUGCUGUAAACUGCACUGUGGAGUAAUGAUAUGCAGGGCACUGACACACAUACAAACACAAGCUAGAUUAGGAAUCAGGGAGUUUUUCUCAUGUGCACAGUUAGAGCUUUAUUCCAAAGAGAUCUAAAUUGUGCAUGAUAUUUGUCAACAACAUUACUUCAUUCCCAAUGUAAAAAAAAAAAGCUGGAUAAAGUGCAAGAUUGUCUAUCAAUUCCCCAGCAGACACAUACAAGAAAUAUAUAGAAAAUCUAAAGAGAGGAAGUUCUUAGUUUUGGUGUGAGUGUUGCUUACGACAUCAAAAAAUGAACUGAAUGUGAAAUGAAGGGAUUCAGGAGGAAAACAAUUUGUAGAGAACUUCACUUUGCUGUGCAAGAGUACACUGCUUUGCUUUAUGGCUUUUUCUAAAAACUCUGUAUUUGGUAAUUGUUUGUAGUUACUAGUUCAAUUCAAGAAGCUGUUUGCGGUUUGGAUACUCAAACCGUUUGGCGGCACAAGCUGGACUUUGUUGCCAUGAACGAAAUGAAAUGUUUUAGAUUAAAAAAAAAAAAAAGAAGAAUCAAGAGAAAAUUUUAAGCUAAUCUGCAUUCUAUUUCCCUUGAAUGUGUUGUUUUAUCUUCAUUAUACAAUAAAUAUUCUAGUGAACUUUUUAUUGAAUGACUAAGAUAUUAUGCUAGGGAUUGUUGUAAAAUUUGUAUUCUGCAAUCACUUAAGUAAAUAUAUUGGCUUUAACUGUGUAAACAUAGACUCUCUUGUUAUUCUGUACAAAUUGAAGUGAACAAAUAGCUGAAUAUGAAUAGACUCUGUCCACCUGUGAAGUGAAGAACCUUAGAAACUGUCCGCUUUAUUAAAAACCUAAAUGUAACCUUAAA